AUGACGCGUACCGGGGUGACUUUUUUGCUGCCAUCAAGGAAGCGGUAGCGAAAUGUCGGGUUGAUAAACUCGCCGUCGUCUAAUGCCACCUCAAUCGUCAACGUUGUCUUGACCUUUUUCGCCUCUACGUAAAUGUCGUGGUCGUGCGCAUAUGUUGUCAAUCCACCCACCGUGAUGGCCGUGAUGGGGACCAUCGGCACUACUCAUGGCCCAUCGAACGACCUGUGGACGGUUUCGCCAACGAAAGGACACGACAGUUUCACGCCUUACUUCUACAUUACCGUCACCAUAUGACUGUCCCUGGACCUGUAUUCCGGGCGAACCUCCUCAUUCGGGGCGAAGACCACGUCGUGGCGCUGUAUGACACUGAGCCAGCUGGAGUUCUCUGUACGGUGAUCAAUACCACCACGACCAACCGGUACACUCGGGCGUUUUCUGCUGACGAGCUCAAAGCGGCCAAGCUCACGAAAACCCAGGCCGACUACUUUCACCUCGUCGAGUCGCUCUUCUUCGCCCCGUCUGGCGGGGUGAAUGAGCUCCAGCUCCACUCGUCCCUUGCCGGCAUGCGCCCUCCCGUGGCGUUCGCGACUGCCGCUGCCGCCCAGCACUACCUAACGAAUGCCCAAUCCGGCAACGAACGGUUCUCCCAAGUGCUCUCGCGAGGCCUCAUGAUGCUGUGCAAAGACAAACCCAUGGGUUUGCAAGCCAUCACCCGACUCGGCAAGUGGCUGCUCGAGAACAACCCCAACAAGCCCAAGGUCGUCGUGAAAAAGUAACUUCAACCUGACGUUACAACUGUUGCAAUGUGAACACAUACACUGUACU